AUGCUUUAUAUUGGUGUUGUGGAUGUUUCUUUUAUACACAAGUUAAGACGCAAAUCUCACAUCCUCCUAACACACAGAUGUGUGGAGACCCAUCCCUCACCUACUGCUAACAGACAUGGCUCCCGGUCUAAGUCUGAGAAUGUGAAGAUUCCAAAGAUCUACACAAAGACAGGAGACAAAGGUUUUUCCAGCACCUAUACUGGAGAGAGGAGACCUAAGGAUGAUCUGGUGUUUGAAGCUUUGGGAGCAACAGAUGAGCUAAGCUCUGCUAUUGGGCUGGCCAGAGAAUUUAGUCUUGAUGCUGAUCACAGAUUUGUAUCAGAGCUUGAGAAGAUUCAGUGUAUGCUGCAGGAUGUGGGAUCAAACAUUGCAACGCCUCUAUCUUCUGCAAGAGAAAGCCACAAAGCCAGAACAUCUUUCAGUUCAGAACCCAUCCAGGAGUUGGAGCAGUGGAUAGAUAAAUACACAGCUGAGCUUCCGCCUCUCGCUAACUUUAUCUUGCCUUCAGGCGGUAAAACCAGUGCUGCUCUUCAUGUUGCUCGAGGGGUGUGUCGCAGGGCAGAAAGGAUUGUGUUCAAGAUCAUACAGACCGGAGAGGCCGAUCCAAAUACUGGAAAAUAUUUGAACAGGUUGAGUGAUUAUCUUUUCACACUGGCCCGACAUGCAGCAAAAACAGAAGGUAGAACUGAAGCCAUCUACACAAGACAGAAGACUAAUUCCACUUCACUCAUUAAAGAUCAAUCCUAAAAAUUCUGUGAGCAUUUUCUGGUUGGCGUUGGAUAAGAAAGGCAUUUUUCUCCAAUAAGUUGUAUGUAACAAACCACAAUAUCACCUAAGACUUUGUGUCUGUGCAUUUUAUACUUGUAAUGGGGGGGGGAUAUUCAAACUGUGUAAUAAAAUAGUGCCAUGUUGUAGCAUGCUAAUGAAAACUG